AUGUCCUCCAGCGAAGCGCCAAAGAGAAGUCCUCAAACGAAAGAAAUGACCGACUCCGAAAUCUCAGAUACCCCGGGAAAACGCUCACGCUCCCAAUCCCGCCGCGCCCGCCGCCGAAAGGCCCAGCAGAAACCCCAAGAAAAGAAAAAGCAAAUGCCCUCUUUGAACGAAGACGGCGAAGAAGAAGAAGAAGAUGAAUCGCCCUCACCCGAAGCAAAAGGCGGCGCCACGCAACCCCUCCAGCACAUCGGCGGCGACGAGAAAUCCAUGGACGGUCCAGUCACACACGCGCGCGCACAGCGCGGGGAGAUGCCGGUGCGGGGCGGGAAACCGAAUCAGGGGAAGGGGGAGAAGAAAGAGGGGCAAAGCGAGGAGAUGAUGAAGCAGGAUGGGUUGAAGUUGAGACUGGAGUUGAAUUUGGAUAUAGAGUUGGAGUUGAAGGCGAGCAUUCGAGGUGAUAUUACGUUGGCGCUGUUGAGUUGA